AUGGGCGAUGAACAGGUUUUGGAGCAACGAAUACUACAGGCACGAAAGGAAUCAAGACUUUUGAUAUCGCAUAUUGCAAGGGCAAAGGAGAAGACUCGAGAUGCUACGUUGGACCAAGUUGCAGCACAUCUUAAACCCUUGACCAAUGGUAUCUCCAUGUCAGCAUACCAGACCAUGCGUGGUCAUUUCAACAAAGUUUUGACCUUAAGUUGGUUUCCAGACUCACGACAUGUAGUGUCGGGGUCACAAGAUGGCUUCAUGAUCAUAUGGGAUGCGUAUACGAACACCAAAACCAACGCCAUAAGAUUGUACGAUCCUUGGAUCACAUCGUGUUGUGUCUCUCCUAACGGCAGAUUUAUUGCCACUGGUGACCUGGAAAAUGCUUGUAUCCUCUACAAGGUAGGCAAUGACAGCGACUGUGGAACCACAGACAGGAAUGGCAGAAAGAUGUCAGUUAGCCCCACCAGUCCAGAGAGCGAGAUGCUGGGCUCUUCUCACGAGAUUAGUGCUGUGUUCAAGGGUCACAAUGAAUACAUUUCAGACGUGGGAUUUAUCAGUAAUAGCCAGAUUGUGACGUCAUCUGGCGAUAGAUCUUGCAUGCUAUGGGAUCUGUCACGACGCUCCAAAACCAUGGCGUAUCAAGGCCAUUUAGGUGAUGUACUUGCUCUUGAUGUUCAGAGAAGUCAGCCAGAUUUUUCGUCAAGUCAGGUGUUUGUAUCUUGUGGUUCUGAUAGAAUGGCAAACGUGUGGGAUGUAAGAGAGAGAUAUACAACGAGACAGUAUCCUCUUUCCGAAAGUUACGAUGCUUCUGCAAUUAGGUUCCUUCCCGGAGGAACCUCUUUUGCGGUUGGUAGUGAUGAUGGGGUUGUCAGAUUACUGGAUUUUAGGACGGAUGGAGAGAUAGCAAGGUAUUCACCAAGGGAAAUAUCCCGAUAUACCUUUCAGAACACUAUGCCCUCUGAUAAUUACGAGGCUUCCCAUUUGGCACUCACACCUCGUUCUUCGAAUAGAUACUCUUCCAACGAUGCUUUCCAAAUGCCUUCAAUGAACGAGAGGAUAGACAACCCGGGGACGCUUUCUCUCGACUUUUCCAUUUCGGGGCGACUCAUGUUUGUGAGCUAUUCGGAUCUCGGUGUUCAAAUUUGGGACACAUUGAGGGGGGAAGUUGUAGGUUCAUUAAAUGGUCAUUCGAAGGCUGUCAGUGAGAUCAGAACCAGUCCAGACGGCCUGGCUGUUUGCACUGGGUCACGAGAUUUCACCUUGAAAAUUUGGGGUGUGUAG